GUGUCAGUAUACAGCAAAACGGAGAUAGUUUCAGAAUUUGAUGUCAUGGGAUAUCUAACGCAGAGCUUGGCAGGAAAAGAAAUGGAGAGGAAACCAAGUUCUUCUUCCACUAAGAUAGAGAGAAAAAUCAUUGAGAAGAAUAGAAGGAAUUAUAUGAAGAACCUCUACAACAAUCUCAACUCUCUUCUUCCUAAUCGAAGCUGCAAGGAAGCAUUGCCACUGCCGGAUCAGAUAGAUGAAGCUAUAAACUAUAUAAAGAGUUUAGAGGGAAAGUUGCAGGAAUGCAAUGUGAAGAAGGAAAAUUUAAUGGGAAGAAAAAGAUCAUACGCCUGCACAAAUAGUCCUGCAACUUUGGCAGCAAGCUCAAAACCACCCAAAAUCGAGAUUCAUGAAAUGGGUUCCACUUUAGAGGUGGUUUUGACAACUAGUGUAGAUAAUCAGUUCAUAUUUUAUGAGGUUAUUCGCAUUCUUCAAGAAGAUGGUGCAGAGGUUGUGAAUGCCAAUUGUUCAACUGUCGGAAAUACGAUUUUCCAAGUAAUUCAUGCAGAGAUGGGAGAUAGAAUGUUCAGUUUUGGAGCUGCAAAAAUAACUGAGAGAUUAAACCAGUUUGUACUUGGAUCCACCAGUGAAGUAGAGUUGCAAUCUCCAGAAUUAUGGAACUUUGCAAUCGAUCCAGAAUGUUGGGAUUUCUAAGUCCUGCUAUUCAUAUGUAUUGAUCAGGUGCAAAUCUAGUUAGAAGUAUUAAUACAAUCUUGGAAAUUUCACUUGAACUUGUGAUUUCCUUUCCUGAAACAGAUUUUUCUCUUAUUUUUUUCACGAAACUGAAACUGAUGAUGUGAAGAACACAUGCACAUAAUAAAAUAAAGCAUGAGGUGACCAGUUUUAGGAACCCGUUAAAAAUUCA